AUGAAUUCUAAACGAAGAAUGCUGCUACUGCUUUCAGUUCUUUUAUCCCUGAUGAUGGCCAAGCACUACUUAAGGAAACGCCUGGACGUCACCACCACCACGGACUGGCUGGCGCCCAUCUUGUGGGAAGGCACUUUCAGCACACAGGCCCUGGACAAGUACUACCAGAGGCGGAACAUCACCGUGGGCCUGGCGGUCUUUGCUAGUGGCAGGUUUGCAGACAAGUACCUGGAGCUGUUCUUGCAGUCAGCCAACAAGUACUUCAUGCCCGGCCACAGGGUGGUCUUCUACAUCAUGACGGACAGCCACCUCAGGCGGCCCAGCAUGGCACUCCGCCCUCUCUGCACCUUCCAGAUGCUUCUGAUGGAGGAGGAGACGUGGUGGUCGGACGUCGACCUGGUGCGCAUGAAGGUGCUGGGGGAGCACAUCGUGACGCACAUCCUGCAGGAGGCCGACUUCCUCUUCAGCAUGGCCGCCAACCUGGUCUUCCAGGACGACUUUGGGGUGGAGACGCUGGGCACGUCUGUGGCUCAGCUCCACGGCUGGUGGUAUUUUAGGAACACCAGGAACUACCCUUACGAGAGGCAGUCUCAGUCAGCAGCCUACAUCCCGUUCGGGCAGGGAGACUUCUUUUACGGUGGCUCCAUCGUGGGUGGCACGCCCCAGAAGAUCUUGGACCUUAUCAGGGAAUACCUGCGGGGGGUCAUCCACGACCUGGAAAAGGGGCUCAAUAGCACCUUCGAAAGGUACCUCAACAAGUUCUUCUUCCUCAACAAGCCGGCCAAGCUGCUGUCCCCUGAGUACGGCUGGGACUCCACGUUCAACGUGCCCCCCCAGGUGCACUAUGUCAAGGUGGCUCUGCACGCUGAGAGGAGAUGAGGGGACGCAUGCCCCCAGGACUGGGGCACGUCCCCGCCGUUCCUUACACACACAGGACGCUGAACCCUCCCUGCUCACAGAGAUUCUAAACGGCACACCCUUCCAGAAGAAACCUUCCUGCCCGCAGUGUGGACUCCUCUGACUG